AUGUCUUCCUACAGACAGAUGAUCAGCUCCCGCUGCCUUACCCCCUGUGAAGUGACCUGCCCGCAGCCCAUCGCAAAUGCCUGGAGCCAGCCCUGUGUUACAUCCUGUGGCGAUUCGAGAGCUGUGAUCUACCCACCACCUGUGGUCAUGACCUUCCCAGGACCCAUUCUCAGCUCUUGCCCUCAGGAGAGCAUCGUGGGCAGCUCAGCACCAUCCAGCAUUGGGAGCUUUGUUGGAUCCGUGAGCUCUCUGGGUCCCAGUGGCUCCUAUGGCUCUAGGAGCUUGUACAAUUAUGGGAGGGCAUAUUCUUCCUAUGGAUCCAGUGGUUAUGGGUUUGGGAGCUGCAGACCAUGUUAA